AUGCUUAACAUCCGACUAACAGAUCUCCCAGCCGUUAAAUGCAACAACGAUGUUGCGUUUCUCGGUGUGCUCGCCAAACUAGGCCUAGGCUUCGAUUGUGCAUCACUUGGAGAGAUCAAGCUCGUGCUUGGUCUCGGGGUUGAACCAUCUCGCAUUAUUUACGGUCACCCAUGCAAGACAGUUUCGGCCUUGCGCUAUGCAGCGACUCGUGGAGUAUCGUUGACUACAUUUGAUAACUUGGACGAACUCGAGAAGGUGGCCAGCACAUGCCCAGAGAUGGGUCUUUUGCUACGCAUCUAUGCGCAUGACGAAACUGCCCGUAUCAGUCUGGCGAAGAAGUUUGGUGCUCCGCUGGAUACGACUGGUGAGCUGCUGCAGAGGGCGAGGGAUCUUGGUCUCGAGGUCCAGGGCGUCAGUUUCCACGUUGGUACUGGAGCAUCCGACCCCAAGGCAUAUAUUGCGGCUGUGAGACACUCGAAGCAGGUCUUCGACUUGGGCCAACAAUUCGGCUUCAACAUGUGUAUUCUGGACGUGGGCGGCGGAUUUCAAGAUGAAAAUCUCGAGACCAUUGCACCCCGUCUGGAACGGGCCAUUGACGCGGAGUUUCCCGACCGCGCGGUUCAGGUUGUCGCAGAGCCUGGCCGCUUUUAUGCCCGCAGCUUUUACACGAUGGUCUGCAAGGUUAUUUCCCGGCGUACGCACGUUUCCACCAGUCAACCUUCCCGUGAGCAAAAACAGCACCAUUCUUCAUCAGCCAAGGUGGAUAUGCUUUAUCAGAGCGACGGCGUCUAUGGGUGUUUCAUGAAUGCACUCUGUGAAGGCGAAAUAUAUCAGCCCACGGUGAUCCGCGCUUACACCGGCGGACCUAGGACAGCUAGAAACAAUGGCACCCACCUCUAUUCCAUUUGGGGUCCUAGUUGCGACUCCCUCGACUGCAUCAACGAGCAAACGUACCUGGAUUGCGAGGUGAGGGUCGGCGACUGGCUCAAGUAUAACAACAUGGGCGCAUAUACUACCGCUUGCUCCACAACCUUCAACGGAUUUUCGAACCAGUAUGAAAUCAUCUACGUGGCACCAGAGAUAUCUUUGAAUGCGUAUCUGCCAUCACCGCCGCAGGAGGAGGAAGCGGAGCCUAUGAUGGCGGCUCUGGAGUUCCAGCCCCUGGAACUCGCCGAGCUUCGGCAGGCGGGGAAGUAG